AUGAGUGAGGACAAAUCUCUAAAGGAAAAGAUCUUCGGAAAGGGCCGUGAGGACUAUGAAGUGGCCGCCGACAAGGCCGAGAAACUGGGGGUAAGUCUUUUUUUAGUCAUCAUACAGUUGGAAAAUGGCAAAAAAAUAACUUUUUUUGUUGAAAUACGAUUAAGGGCAUAGUAAACCUUUAGAAGCUUAUAAAAACAAAUCCUAUAGGAUCUCAGAGCAAUUGCCAGAGGGGAUCAACCAAAAUUUUUAAGGAUUUGCCAUAAAUAUUUACCCUUUCACCUAAAGUAAUAUAAUUUUGUCAAAUUUUCAGAAUAAGGCCUACGACAAAGCCGACGAAGCUCAAGAUUUGGCGCAGAAGAAGGUCAACCAGACCGCACAACGUGCGGGCGAGGUGGGGGAUGAUGCCAACCGGAAGAUCGAGGAGCUCCGCCGACAGGGCAAUGCGGCCGCCGAAAAGGGAAAUGCCGUCCGCCACGAGGCCGGUAAGAGCUCACCAACUUUUAGAGCCAGUAAUAGACUCUGUUCAUUGUAUACGACGUAAUAAUUUCGUAUUUUAGGCGCGCAUCGUGAUUGUUCCGGCGAACAAAUGAGAUCCAAGUAA